CGUCCCUGCCCUGUGGCAGACCGAUGAAUGCAGACAUCUCCUCUGGGCUCCUCUGUCAGCGAGGCAGAGAGGCCCGGGGCUCACAAAUGUUAGUCUAGGCCUAGUGAGGCCGCGGCGGGCCAGCCCCAGGUCUGGUGCCAGCACAGUGCGGAGCAGCAAGUGACUGUGGGCGAAUGACGAUGCUGGAGCGGAUGUGACCCGCACGGACCCUUGUGCACACGCCGAGCGGCCCCACCAUGCAGAAGCCCAGCGGCCUGAAGCCCCCCGGCCGCGGCGGGAAGCACUCGAGCCCCGUGGGUCGCGCGUCCCCAGGGACGGCCGCCGUGACUGCCGCGGCAGCGACGGCGGCCACUGGCUCCAAGGAAGGCUCCCCCCUGCACAAGCAGGCCUCGGGCCCGGCCGCCGCCCCCGCCCCCACCGCCGAGAAGCCGGGCCCCAAGGCGGCCGAGGUGGGCGAUGACUUCCUGGGGGACUUCGCGGUGGGCGAGCGGGUGUGGGUGAACGGCGUGAAGCCCGGAGUGGUGCAGUACCUGGGCGAGACGCAGUUCGCCCCGGGCCAGUGGGCCGGCGUGGUGCUGGACGACCCGGUGGGCAAGAAUGACGGCGCGGUGGGCGGCGUGCGCUACUUCGAGUGCCCGGCCCUGCAGGGCAUCUUCACGCGGCCGUCCAAGCUGACCCGGCAGCCCACGGCCGAGGGCUCGGGCAGCGACGCGCACUCGGUGGAGUCACUGACCGCCCAGAACCUGUCCCUGCACUCGGGCACGGCCACGCCCCCGCUCAGCAGCCGGGUCAUCCCGCUGCGCGAGAGCGUCCUCAACAGCUCAGUCAAGACUGGCAACGAGUCGGGCUCCAACCUCUCGGACAGCGGCUCCGUGAAGCGGGGCGACAAGGACCUGCGCCUGGGAGACCGCGUGCUGGUCGGCGGGACGAAGACUGGCGUGGUGCGGUACGUGGGGGAGACGGACUUUGCCAAGGGCGAGUGGUGUGGUGUGGAGCUGGACGAGCCCCUUGGGAAGAACGAUGGGGCGGUGGCAGGCACCAGGUACUUCCAGUGCCCACCCAAGUUUGGUCUCUUCGCCCCCAUCCACAAGGUAAUCCGCAUUGGCUUCCCAUCCACCAGCCCGGCCAAGGCCAAGAAGACCAAGCGCAUGGCCAUGGGCGUGUCGGCGCUGGCCCACAGCCCCAGCAGCUCUUCAAUCAGCUCCGUCAGCUCGGUGGCCUCCUCUGUGGGGGGCCGGCCCAGCCGCAGUGGACUGCUCACAGAGACCUCUUCGCGUUAUGCCCGCAAGAUAUCGGGCACGACUGCUUUGCAAGAGGCACUGAAGGAGAAGCAGCAGCACAUCGAGCAGCUGCUGGCUGAGCGGGACCUGGAGCGGGCUGAGGUGGCCAAGGCCACGAGCCACAUCUGCGAAGUGGAGAAGGAGAUCGCCCUGCUCAAGGCCCAGCACGAGCAGUAUGUUGCAGAAGCAGAGGAGAAGCUGCAGCGGGCCCGGCUGCUGGUGGAGAGCGUGCGGAAGGAGAAGGCGGACCUGUCCAACCAGCUGGAGGAAGAGAGGAGGAAGGUGGAGGAUCUGCAGUUCCGAGUGGAGGAGGAAUCCAUCACCAAGGGAGACCUGGAGACCCAGACGCAGCUGGAGCACGCGCGCAUUGGGGAGCUGGAGCAGAGCCUGCUACUGGAGAAGGCGCAGGCCGAGCGGCUGCUCCGGGAAUUGGCCGACAACAGGCUGACCACGGUGGCCGAGAAGUCGCGUGUACUUCAGCUGGAGGAGGAGCUGAGCCUCCGGCGUGGCGAGAUCGAGGAGCUGCAGCACUGCCUGCUGCACUCGGGCCCGCCCCCCGCCGACCACCCCGAGGCCGCCGAGACCCUGCGGCUGCGGGAGCGGCUACUGUCGGCCAGCAAGGAGCACCAGAGGGAGAGCGGCAUGCUGCGGGACAAAUACGAGAAGGCCCUGCGGGCCUACCAGACGGAGGUGGAGAAGCUCCGAGCGGCCAACGAGAAGUACGCGCAGGAGGUGGUGGACCUCAAGGCCAAGGUGCAGCAGGCCACCAGCGAGAACAUGGGGCUCAUGGACAACUGGAAGUCCAAGCUGGACUCGCUGGCCUCGGACCACCAGAAGUCCCUGGAGGACCUCAAGGCCACGCUGAACUCGGGCCCGGGGGCCCAGCCCAAGGAGCUCGGGGAGCUGAAGGCUGUGAUGGAGGGCCAGCUGGAGCACCAGCUGGAGCUGGGCAACCUGCGAGCCAAGCACGACAUCGAGACCGCCAUGCACAUCAAGGAGAAGGAGGGGCUGCGGCAGAAGCUUCGGGAGGCCCAGGAGGAGCUGGCGGGGCUGCGGCAGCACUGGCAGGCCCAGCUGGAGGCGCAGGCCAGCCAGCACCGGCUGGAGCUGCAGGAGGCCCAGGACCAGCGCCGUGAUGCCGAGCUGCGGGUGCACGAGCUGGAGAAGCUGGACGUGGAGUACCGGGGCCAAGCGCAGGCCAUCGAGUUCCUCAAGGAGCAGAUCUCCUUGGCCGAGAAGAAGAUGCUGGACCACGAGCUGCUCCAGCGGUCGGAAGCCCAGAGCAAGCAGGAGGCCGAGAGGCUGCGGGAGAGGCUUCUGGUGGCCGAAAACAGACUGCAGGCCGUCGAGUCCUUGCGUUCAUCCCAGCACAGCAACAUGAUCGAGUCCAACGACAUUUCAGGGGAGAAGGUCAGGAUGAAGGAGACUGUAGAGGGCCUGCAGGACAAGCUGAACAAGAGGGACAAAGAGGUAGCCGCCUUGAUGUCCCAGACCGAGAUGCUCAGGGCCCAAGUAAGUGCACUGGAGACCAAGUGCAAGGCGGGAGAGAAGAAGGUGGAUGCCCUCCAGAAGGAGAAGCGGCGCCUAGAGGCCGAGCUGGAAGCCGUGUCCCGCAAGACCCACGACGCCUCGGGCCAGCUGGUCCUCAUCAGCCAGGAGCUGCUCAGGAAGGAGCGGAGCCUGAACGAACUUCGAGUGUUGCUGCUGGAGGCUAAUCGCCACUCGCCAGGGCCUGAGAGGGACCUGAGCCGCGAGGUGCACAAGGCUGAGUGGCGGAUCAAGGAGCAGAAACUCAAGGAUGACAUCCGGGGCCUGCGAGAAAAGCUGACUGGGCUGGACAAAGAGAAGUCCCUGUCGGACCAGAGGCGCUACUCGCUCAUUGACCCGUCCUCGGCGCCUGAGCUCCUGCGGCUGCAGCACCAGCUCAUGAGCACGGAGGACGCACUGCGGGACGCGCUGGACCAGGCUCAGCAGGUGGAGAAGCUCAUGGAGGCCAUGAGGGGCCCCGACAAGUCCCAGGCAGGCAGCAGUUCCGGAUCUGCCAAUGGCAUCCACCAGCAAGACAAGGCCCACAAGCAAGAGGAGAAGCACUGACCCUGAGGGACACCGUGGAGCAGCCGAGUCCACAGCAGAGCCCCUCCGGCCUGCCCUGGCAGCGCCCCCUCCAGGCAGGGGCCAGGACUGUCACUUCGGAGACAAGAACAGUGUUUGUAACAAUAACGUGCCCACUGCCGCGGACAAUCCCCCACCCCAACCCCCCUGCCGGACUGGGAGGCUUACUCAAGCACCACCUUCCACAGCAACGGUACAGUCCUGGCCUGGACCUCGGGAUGCCCCGGCUGUUUCUGGAGUUUGGGGAGGCUGAGGCGAUUCAGCCAGGCCCCUCUCAAGCUGCCCCGAUGACCAUCUUGGCACCCCGGGCAUGUCCCCACCCUCCCUUUCUUCUCCUCCUUCUCCCGGGUUCCCCUAAAACCCCAGAGAGCCAUUGUCCCGGGAUAGGGUCAGAGGGGGCCCAGCCAGGCACCAAGGACAGCAGGCCAGGCCUCAGAAGCCGGGGUGGGGACCCCCUUUUCUGCAGCCACUUCCAGGCAUAGCCAGUCCCCAGGCUUCUUGUCCCCACAUGCUGAGCCUUCUUAAACAGUGGUACAAGACCUGUCAGCCCGUCUGCCCGGUGAGGCCCGGGCUCAAGGUGUUGGGGGGCAAGGUCUUUCUCCCCCGACCCCCAACACUGUCUCUCAUACAUAGCUCCAAGCUGCUGGCCAGAGGGUAGCCGCCAAGGCCAGGAGCCACAGUAUUAGGAAAGUUUGGAAGCCCCUCUCCCCCUGCCCCAUGGACCUGGCUUGGAGCAGGGGCAGGGCGGCUGCAGGGGGACCCAGAGCCAGGGCUCCGCGUUUUGAGUGGUCAGUAACAUGUCUUCUAGGUUGACUAGAUGUCCCAGAGCUGGGCCUGUGCCCUGCAGAAACGCCCACGCAGGCUCAUGCAGCCACUGACCCUUGGCACAGGCACAGAGGGAAGGCGCGUGCACACGCAGUCUUGGGGGUGGGGCACUUGGGGUCAGCCUCGCUCGGGGGGCACACUCCUAGCACUGAGCCCCAGGUCCAGCAGCCCCGCACCCUGCAAAGGUUCCUGCAACCUGGCCGUGGGCAUACACACCCAGGCACACGUGGGGGAGUGUGCAGGGACGUGUGUGCCACGCACUUGCAUCAGAAUGCACAUGCUCAUCUCCUGUAGCCAAGAAAAGAGCCCAAGGGAUGUUGACGACAGGACAAAAUCUAACCACCUCUCCCCUCUGCCUCUCGAGUCUGGCGGAGCUUCUCCAGACCCGUGUGGAGCAGGAAAAGCCAGUUUUGAAAAGCCUUUAGAUCUGGAGGGCCUGCAGGUUACUGCCUUGUGCCUGCCUCCACCUCCCCCAGCUCAGGGGGAGUUUUCUUUCGGGGUCCUCCCCUGCCAGGGGCUCACGGAAACCUGACACCCCGAAAUGCACCAGGAUGGGUCUGCAGACCGUGGCCUUUGGGUGCUCCCAGCACAGAUGCGUGUGGUUCCCAUCCUUGCCCAAACGCAGCCCAUCCUGGGGGGGGCAGCCAGUUCAUCCCAUCAGCCCCCCCCCACUGGCUUCCGGUAGCUCACGCAUGCGGUUUCAUUAACAGUCUAGAAGCGAUGCUUUAGUGGCCUAACCCAGAGUCGAAUACUACUUUUUCCAGCAAAAUCUGGCAGCUCCCCCUGCCUACAGGAGGCACUGAUUAGUCUACUAACAGCCAAAGGCCCAUACCAGGGGGGCUGAGCCCCUCAGGUGGCUGGCAAGUGGCACAUAGGCCAUUUGCCCACAAGCGUCUCCGCCUGUCUGGUGUGGGCUCAGCCGUGCCCCGUCCCUGAGCCCUCCCCCAUCCCUGCCCUCCCCAAAGUGGAAUUGUUGAAGUGUGGCGAGUCUGUGCUCGAGACAAUAAAGCUUGUGACUGAGGUCUAGGA